CCAGCCGAGCCGGGCCGGGCACGGCAGCGGCCCCCGGCGCGGCGGAGCACUAUGGCGAAAGUGCUGGCGGCCCUCAGGAACCACUGGAAGAAAUCCACGUUCGGAGCCUGCCUGCUGGGCUGGGGCGGACACUGGCUCUAUGGGAAACACUGUGAUAACCUGCUACGAAGAGCUGCAUGCCAAGAAGCCCAGGCUUUUGGCAACCAGCUGAUGCCUGCCACUAUGCCAUUGAAGAAAGCAACAGUCUUGCUCAACCCAGCAGCUUGCAAAGGCAAAGCUGGGAACCUUUUUGAAAAGAAUGCUGCACCAAUCUUGCACUUAUCUGGCUUGGAUGUAACUAUUGUUAAGACUGAUUACGAGGGACAAGCAAAACAGCUUCUGGAAAUGAUGGAAAACACAGAUCUGAUCAUUGUUGCAGGAGGAGAUGGCACAGUCCAAGAGGUCAUAACUGGACUUCUCCGUAGAGCAGAUGAGGCUGCCUUCAGUAAGAUUCCUAUAGGAUUCAUACCGCUUGGAAAAACUUGCACUUUGAGCCACACACUGUACCCUGAGUGCACAAAUCAAGUCCAACAUAUUACUAAUGCUACGUUGGCCAUUUUGAAAGGAGAGACAGUUCCACUUGAUGUCUUACAGAUCAAGGGAAAAAAGGAGCAGCCUGUGUUUGCAGUCUCUGGUUUAAGAUGGGGAUCUUAUAGAGAUGCAGGAGUUAAAGCUAGCAAGUACUGGUACCUUGGGCCUCUGAAAACCAAAGCAGCUCAUUUGUUCAGUAUGUUUAAGGAGUGGCCUCAGAAACAUCAAGCUUGUCUCAUGUAUGUGGGUCCAACUGAGAGACCUCCAGAGGAGCCAGAGGAGAAAUCAUCCAGACCUCCUUUGUAUGUGAGGCUUUACCGACGGCUGCGAUCGUACUGGUCAUCUCCAAAAGAGUUCCCCCAGGAGGUAGCCCCUGAGGACUGGGAGAAGCUGAAGCUGUCCACCAUUGAGCUUUCCAUUGCAACUCGGAACAAGCAACUUGAUCUAGCACGCACUAAGGACUUCAUGGACAUUUGCAUCGAGGCAGAGUGUGUCAGCAAAGGGGAGUUUGUUCACAGAGGAAGUCAAAAGAUGCGUGACCCACACAUGUGCCCUGAAGGGAGUCAGUGCAUCCAAGCCAGCAGAUGCAUCUUGCAACUUCCAGAGGGCACUGAGGGAUCCUUUGGCAUUGAUAAUGAGGAGUACGAAGCGAUGCCUGUGGAGGUGAAGCUCCUGCCCCGCAAACUCCGCUUCUUCUGUGACCCCAAAAUCAGAGAGCAGCUGCUGCAGGCAGUGGUACAUUGAGAGCUCAUGGCAGAGGGGCCAGUGUUCACCAGGGUCUGUCUCUUCAAGGCACAUGAGACCUAACGAACCUGAUUAACCCCACUAGACUAAUAAGCCUUUUGGCUAUUUUUAUGUGCAAAGUACUUCCCUUGGAAGUGUAUGACUUGCCUGGUCUCAAAGGGGUUAAAAAUGCAAAUGAAAAUUCUGAAAAAUGCAUGUUAACUUGAUGGCAUCUUUUCUUCCCCCUCCUCUAAGAAGUCAUCAUUUACAUCAUUUACAGCACUACAGGCUGAGUGCUGUGUGCCAGAUGCUACUGCUGUAAUGCAAUUGUAUAUUAAAGUAAAAUUUAAGUAGACUUGUCCAUGUGUUCUAAGAGCUUAGGUUUACUUUACCCAUGUAAAAAUCUUGCAAAACCUGGGGUCCUGGGAAAAAAAAUAUUUGGGGGGAGUAAUGCUAAGGAAUUCUGUGAAAUAUUGGAAUUGCCACAUUAAAAUAGAUGGUUGGUUAUCAACUUUGUCACAAAGUAAACUGGAGGUUGGUGAUACAAAGCUUUGGAGCAAGUUUAAAAAUUCCCCAUAUGUAUCUUGAUAAUAUAUUUGUUAAUUUUUGCAUCUUGCCAGAUUCAACAGCACAGAGUUCCAGUAAUUCCACAGUAGAAAUGUAUUCCUUUGACCAAUUUAGGUAUAUUGCACAGAAGCAAAUUGGAAAACAUCAUUGACCCAAAGCUGUAUUAAGUACUUUUGGAAAGACUCUUUAACAAGCUGAGUGAGUCUUUUUUUUUUUUUUGUAAAUAUUCCUUUUAUUCCUGCAGUAGUAGAUGCCAGCAAGGAUAUCCAAAUAAAGUUUAUUAUUUAUUGUGGCUGAUUGCUCUUCUCUAAUGUAAACAGUGCUCACCACUCCAUAUGCAACCUCCAUCCACUUGAGCCUCAGUACCACAAUUAGUUUUGUUGCUUUUAUGAGCUUUUGUUUAUAGCUUUGUUUUAAUUGCUGAAAGGAAGUAUUACUGACUUAGGCAAGCUUAUCUGUUGCCCUUAUUCUAACUGAGAAAUUCACAUGAUUCUGCCUUGAAGAAAAUUGUCCUUUUUCUGGUGUGAUUGUCUGUGGUCAAUGUGUUAUGCUGUGGUCUAGUCUAAGUUCACUUGUCGACUCUCUGCUGUUAUCAAAAUACAGACCUAAGUGAGUUGGCUUCCAGCAGCUCUGUCAAGGACUGAAUCCUGGCAGCCUGUGCUCCAACAGCAUCCUCUGCUGGAGACAUCUUAAAGGAAAAAUGCCUUGAAAGAGGAAGCAGGGUUGGGUUUCUGCAGGAUGCUGAAACCAAGCUGAAUGUUCUUCCCUGGACUGCACUGCAGAGACACAAAUUAGCUAAACUGGGUGACCUUUAAAGUCCCUUCCAGCCCUAGCUGUUCUGUAACUCUUGACUGGGACUGAAGAGAAUAGAAGCCUGCUACUUCUUUUCAUAGUUAUGCUGGUGACAGGACCUGGUUUGUGCUGUCUUUUGGUUUGCAGUAAUGAAGGUGCUCAGUGGAGCCCUGGGUCACUCUCCAAGGAACGUGGUGGUUGUGCUUUGCUCUUUUUGCUUGCCACAGAGACACCUAGGACAUGGCUCUGCAGCCCCUGGCUCACUCAGAGUCAAGGGCAGUUCUCACCAUUGGAGUUUUCCCUCAAGUUGACAUUUCUGUAAUAAAAUCAGCGAUGUGUUUUUUCUCCAGUGGCAGGAAAGACAAGGCAACAGCCAUUUCAAAAAGGUAAGCUUUAAUUGUAUUAAAAAAUACCCAUGUUUUUAGUAAGCAGUUUUUCUACAGAGCCACAGGCCUAUGGGAGCAACCACACCAUCUGCAAGAUGCAAACAACAUCAGAGCUGUUAGAAUUACACCCAGCCUGCUGCAAGGGGUGAGAUGGUGACAACUGGCUCCUUGUUCAUCUGUACCAUUUUACAGGGAAAUCACUAGUUCUCUUCCAUAGCUCCCAUUGCAAUGUGAUUCCUUGCUUGAGGGUAAUGAAGAGAUUCCUUCAGAAUUGGUAUUGCUGAUGCUGUUCUGAUGUUGAAGUACCAAGGAUCAUCUGAGACACAAGCUGGUAUUUAAAUAUUCAUAUCAGCAUAAGUUGAGUAGCUUGUACAAAUACCAUUCAAGUAGUUUUUCUCCUUCCUCUGCAGUUCAGAGUUCUUCCAGUGUAGGGUAAUUCUAGACCUCUGAAUUGCAAUGUUCAGAAGGGAGGUGUGAGACAGACAUGACAAAAUAGGCAGGGGCUGAACCCACUAUCUAAAGUGUUGAGGAAAGGACUCGGUUCUCAUGUUUCUGUCUAACAGCAACACAAAAAUCUUCCUUUGUACAAACUCCAAGACAGGAAGGAGGAGUAGGUCUCACUCAAGAAAACAUCCUGGCUUCAACUUACAAUCCAUUCUAGAAGGGCUUAAAAUACUGUAAGAUAAAUAAAAGGAGGGAUAACAAUCUAAUGAUAGACCAGCUCAAG